UGUAUUUGUAUCAAUCACAUGGACUUUGUACAGCUCCACAGACCGUGUUGGCGAUAUACCUCUCCUCCAUGACCUGUGCACCUGGUAGCCCCUCCCCCUCCUGUGUAAAGGUCUCAUUGUCUGAUCCGUGUCACCGAUGUAUGGUCAUGUGACGUGCGCUGGCCCCUCCCCCGCUCAGGUGAUGUAUAGACUUCCCGGUGUCCCCGUCUUAUCACUUCCUGUCUCCUCUCACAGGCACCAUGCUGUACGGACUCGACAGGAUCCUCCGGGGUCACCGAACCUCCGCCGGGGCGCAGAGCGAUCGCCGCUUCUCCGCCGCCCCCUGCUGUGCGAAACCGGAACCGCGGGACUACUCCCUGCCCAACCCCACCUGGAGCCCCGACACCAAGAGACUCUACGAGGAGCUGAGCCGAGACCGGAGCUGGAGGAGACUUCCCUCCUACGACUCCCACCUCCACCACCGGGCCGGUAUGUCUCCAGAGGUAGACGGGAAAACUCGCCUCUUCACCAGGAACCUUGACCAGGACGGAGUCGGCUUCGAGUAUUGUAUGUUCUAUAACGAGGCGGAGAAGAGGACGCUUUGCAUAUUCCAGCCCGGGCCCUAUACAGAGGGCCCCAAAGGGUACGCACACGGAGGUUGCAUCGCCACCAUCAUAGACGAGACGGCGGGGACGGUAAUUGAAUACAGCAGCGGAGCGUCCGUGACGGCCAACCUGAACAUCAACUAUCGCAAUCCGAUUCCUCUGGGAGCUACAGUCCUCAUAGACUGCCGAGUGGAGAAGGUAGACGGCCGCAAAGUCUUCACCAGCUGUCAGGUCCGCAGUCAUGAUGACACCGUGCUUCACAACGAGGCCACCGCUUUGUUCAUCACGCCCAAGUCGGGAGGACUUAAAGCCAAACUAUAAAUUGCUGUAUAUUACAGACAUCUGGAAAUAUUCCUAAUUCCAUUGGUUGGCACCUGUAGUGUAUCCUGUCUGUCACUAGAGGGCGGCAGAUCCUGUAUUGUAGGUUUCCUGGGAUACCUGCUCUUUAUAAUGUACUCACGAUCUCUCGGAGCAAUCGUUCUGUCUGCACUGGAGGAUAGUGGUCUCCGCCAUGGCGCCCCCCCCCCC